GUGUGAGUGUGUAGUAACAGGACGCAGCAAGCGCGCGUGGCUGUACGUAGCAGGUUUUCUGUGAUUCUCGUCGUAUCUACUGGUGUCACAAGAGGUGCGUGUGUGUGUGUGUGUGUGUGUGUGUGUGUGUGUGUGUGUGUGUGUGUGUGUGUGUGUGUGUNUGCACUGCGGUGCGUGUGUGUGUGUGUGUGAGAGCUGGGUCAGCAUGGUAGAGACAGAGUCACCGCAGCAUGCGUAUGAUACAGGACUGCUACAUGGGAUACUCACCACUGUACUGCUGCGUGAAGAGAGGAAGCCGUACUUCACGCGGGACCCGCAGCAUCUUCGCGGAGAGCUGAUCGAUGCUCUGCUCGUUAAGUCGCAGCGCGGCUUCGGAUUCACGAUCGUCGGCGGCGACGAGAGCAACGAUGAAUUCCUGCAGGUGAAAAACAUCGUCCCAGACGGACCGGCCGACGUCGACGGGAAGCUGCGCACAGGUGAUGUGUUGGCGUUCGUGGACGAUCAGUGUGUGCUGGGAUACACGCACCAGGAUGUCGUCGCCAUGUUUCAGCAGAUCAGCGCCGGAUCGCGGGUCCGACUCACCGUCUGCCGCGGAUACCCGCUGCCCUUCGACCCCGACGACCCGAACACGGAGAUCGUGACGACGAUCGCCAUAACGACGGCGCCGACGACGUCGCCACGGCAACGCGUGCCGUCGUACCGCGCCGCGCCGCAUCCUCAUCCGCAGCAUCUUCCUCCGCAACAUCCUCAUCCCGCUGCGGAGUUCAUCACCGUCCCGCUGCGGAAGGGAGGAAGCGGGUUUGGCUUCACGCUGACGGACUCCGCGCGCGGCCAGGUCGUGAAGAAGAUCCUGGACAGAGGGCGCUGCCACCGCGAGCUGCGGGAGGGAGACCUGCUGGUGGAGGUCGGGGGAGCGGACACGAGGAUGGCUUCUCACGCGUGCGUCGUCGAGAUGCUGAAGAGAUGUUUCACAGGAGACGAAUCACAGGAACCGAAGAAGAAGUCGGGUCUAAGAAACUUCUUCUCCAAGUCAGACAAGAAGUCUUCUCCGAAUCACACGGGUUCCUCCGGCUACAUCAGCUCCACGCAGAGGAGCAUAGAAGAUGACGGACGACCCCCGUCCGGCCGCCGCAGCAAGACGCCAACGUCGGACGCCAGAAACAAGACCCCCUCCCCCGGGGACCGCCCACCCGACGACGCCCCGGACGCACGCAGCAAGACGCCCGUCGCCGCGGCAACCACGACGACUACGCCGACUGGACCCGAAAAGCGACCGCCGAUGCACGUGCGCAGCCAGUCGACUGACCUGCCCCCUGGCGGCGUUGCAGCCGCGGCGGCGGCGGCGCGAGGCUUCGCGGAGGAGCGCAGUCGAGGAGGAGGGCAGGAGUACGAGGAGUGGACGGUGUUCUUACAGAGACAGGAGACUGGCUUCGGCUUCCGAAUCAUUGGUGGAACGGAGGAGGGAUCACAGGUGGCAAUCGGACACGUCGUGCCAGGGGGCGCCGCCGACGUCGACGACCGGCUGAAGACGGGCGACGAGAUCCUGCUUGUGGACGGUCACUCGGUGGUCAGCGCCUCGCACCACACCGUUGUCCAGCUGAUGGGAAACGCCGCCAUCGCCGGACGAGUCUCGCUCAGCGUCCGCCGGCCCAAACGUGGCGCCAGCAGGCUGAUGGAUCCCUUGCAGCCGUUUGACGUCGUCAUAACGCGAAGUGAGAACCAAGGUUUCGGCUUCGUCAUCAUCUCCUCUGUCAACCGAUCCGGCUCAACUAUAGGGAGCAUCAUAGAGGGCAGCCCCGCGGAGGCCAGCGGGCGUCUGCGCGUCGGCGACCGCAUUGCAGCCGUCAACGGCGUCGACAUCACGGCGACGCGUCAUGGCGACGUCGUGCGCCUCGUCAAGGACUCGAGUCUCAAGGUCACGCUGAGCGUGCUGCCACCUGGCGACGACGCGAGCGUGACGGGAUCCAUAUCGCAGCGGGUAGGUCAAUCCGCGGCGGCGGCGUCUCAGUCUCCUAAGGUCGCAGCGACAUUGUCUGCUGCCGGCGGCGGCGUCGCUAACGGACCAAUCAGCCACAGCUCGCCAAACAUCGGUCGCCGUGACGACCAGGAGACGCGCGCAUCCCGCGUCCCCGCCGCGCAGCCGGGCGGCAGCGGCGGCGCCCCCUCGUGGGAGAACGAGAACCACCACGCGGCGGCGGCGGCGGCGGCGCCGUACGCGUUCCUAGGGGGCGCCUGCGGCGUGCACGGCCCCUACGGACAGCACGGCGGUUACCGCGGCGACGCGAUGAUGCCGCCGCGACCGUAUCCGAACGGUCCGCUGCCGCACGCCGACGCGCACGCUUACGCCGACAGCUACCAGAGGGCGCUGCCUGGCUACGCGCCCGGGUACCACGCGUACGCGAACGACGAGGGUCGGACGCCGCAGCGGAACUACUAG